GUAGCUGGAUCGCGGGGGAUAGCAGGGAUACGUGCACGAGGGAUUGUGGAAGCGAGAGCCGGGAACACAGGAGGAUCGAUGAGAGGGCGGCGGACGCCCGAAGACGGACAGGGCGACAAGGACGCGGAGGAAUGGGAAUUAUGUGGGACUGCAGACCGGACGACAUGGGGAUAACAGACCUAGCGUCGUGGGGAUGCUGACGGGGGACAUGGGGUGCAGACAUGAAACAUGGGAUAACAGACCGAGCGUCGUGGGGAUGCUGACGGGGGACAUGGGAUAACAGGCUGGGCGAUAUGUGGAUGCAGACGUGGGGGGACUUGGGGAUAGAGACAGAGAUGCAGACUCAGGGAUGUGGAAUUCAAGUAGGGGAAAUGGGACAUGGAAAUGAGGGUGCAUACGGGAUUAUGGAAGCUGUGGGGUGGUGAAAAGGAAGCCCUGGGUGCCAGGUCCAGGCAACAGAGAUGUGGGAAGACUGCGCCUCACUCUUGAACCCCGCCACUCUCCAGCAGGACAAAGAGAAAAAGAAGAAAGAAAGCAUCUUGGACUUGUCUAAGUACAUUGACAAGACCAUCCGAGUGAAGUUCCAGGGUGGCAGGGAAGCCAGCGGGAUCCUGAAAGGGUUUGACCCACUGCUCAACCUGGUGCUGGACGGAACCAUUGAGUACAUGCGAGACCCCGAUGACCAGUACAAGCUGACGGAGGACACACGGCAGCUGGGGCUCGUGGUGUGCCGCGGCACCUCGGUGGUGCUUAUCUGCCCCCAGGACGGCAUGGAGGCCAUCCCCAACCCGUUCGUGCAGCAGCAGGAUGCUUAGCAGGCGCAGGCAGCCUCACCCUGGGGCCCUCCCUUCCUGUGUGAGCUUCCGUUUGGUGUUUCAGUUUCUGUUUUUCUAUUUUGUUUUUUAAUAAAAUUGCCGACUUGAGCAUCCA